CGAUACCUCCUCAACUCCUCCUCGCACUCACCUAGUACCAGUACUACUACUGCUGCUGUUACUAGCUAGCGUGGACAUGAAGAGCAGGAAGAGCUACGGGCAGCAGCAGAGCCACCUGCUGAGCCCGGUGGGCAGCCCGUCUUCGGACAACGGCGGGGGCGACUCGCCGGCCAAGGAGCAGGACCGGUUCCUCCCGAUCGCCAACGUUAGCCGCAUCAUGAAGCGCUCCCUCCCGGCGAACGCCAAGAUCUCCAAGGAGGCCAAGGAGACGGUGCAGGAGUGCGUGUCCGAGUUCAUCAGCUUCGUCACCGGCGAGGCCUCCGACAAGUGCCAGCGGGAGAAGCGCAAGACCAUCAACGGCGACGACCUGCUCUGGGCCAUGACCACGCUCGGGUUCGAGGUCUACGUCGCGCCGCUCAAGGCCUACCUCAACCGCUACCGCGAGGUCGAGGGCGAGAAGGCCGCCGUGGUCGGCGGCUCGCGGCACGGCGACGACGACGCGCAUUCCUCCCUCUCUGCCGGUGCCGAUGCCCUGGCGCCGCCGUACCCGCACGGGGCUGGCGACCGCGGCGUCCAGGACGGCGACGUGGGCGGCCACGACGCGCACGUCGGGCUCAUGAUGGGCGCCAACGUGGGGUUCAGCCCCGGGACCGGGACAACGUUCUACGCGGCGCAGGGCGCGGCGCAUGGACGGAGGGCGUACGGCGGCGGGGAGGGUGCGAGGGGGAUUGAUUUCGAGGGAGCCUUCGGUGGCGACCGCGGGAAGAACGGCGUCGGGGGAGAAAGGGAGUUCGCUGGCCACCUCCACGGCGCCGUGCAAUGGUGAAGGCGUAACAUCAGAUCGACUUUGGCGGCACAGUAUUCUCGACGGGAGCAUACAAGUUAAUCUGCCUUCUGAUUAAUGCUAUACUACUCUUCUUAAUCACCAACAUACAGACUAUACAAUCUCUCAGCAUGAUUCCUUUCUUCACA